AUGCUUCAAUAUAUACCAUUCAAAAAAUUCAAAAAACAGCAGUCUGAAUGCUCAACCCUUCAUACAAAAAGACCUGUUCUUGACACUAAGAAUGAAGAUUUUCUUCAGAAGAUCAUCUUCUCACCCGAAGAAGAUAAUAGGCUCAAUACAGCACUAGAAAAUAUCGAUUCGACAAUUAGCGCCAAGUCUGAUACGGAGCAAAGUAACAAAGAUUUCAAGUAUGAAAAUCUCAAGCCUACUCAAUCGAAGAAAUUCCCCACCUUCUUCUUUAAGACAAGCGGCACAAAAAAAAGAAAGGGGUCUAAAUUAUCAGCUGAUGAUGAAAAAGUAAUCACUCCCUGCGACGUGAGUAAUGAAGCUACACGAGAAGAGCAAGAAUUGACACAGGUCCUCGAGGAUCUCAAUCUAUCAGUCUCUAACAACAAGGCAUUUUUUCUCUCAAGUGUAUCGACGGAGCUAAUACGUAAUUUUACUAUUGUGCUCAAAGAUCUCAUAAAUGGCGUUCCAGCAGCCUAUGGUGACCUCGAAAAUCUUCUUGAAACGUCGCACAGCACUCUCAGCAGCGCGUUUGAAGACUUACCGAGUUUUAUAAAAGUUUUAGUUAAAAAAAUGCCUGGAAAAUUAGACAAGAGAUUAUCUCCAGAAUUACUCGGAACAGCUUCCAUGGUACCAAAUUUGGUAUCUAAAGGAGAAGCAUUUGAUUUAAAAAGCUUAGUUACGAACUCAGGUACUUUAGUGACCCUUUUGAGGAUGGUCUUUAACACACUUAAACUUCGUUGGCCAGCAUUUAUGGGUACAAACAUAUUAUUGUCAUUGUCACUUUUUGUCUUACUCUUCAUCUUGUGGUACUGUCAUAAACGAGGAAAAGAAGAACGUCAGAAACGCGAGGCGGAGUGCGAAAAUUUGGAGAUGGAAACUAUGCCGGAUGCGGUCUUGGGGGAUCCUACUGUACCAUAA